GCUGGACGCGGAGGAACCGAGGAACUAACCCGGAGGAGACGCUGCUCUCUGCGGGAUUAAUCGCCACAGGGUCGCCGCGGGAGGACCGGAGUCAGGUCGGGCAGCGAUAGCGAUGUUCCGGGGACUCGGUGGUCCCCCUUCGGAGCGGACUGGGUCUCUCUGUGUGAUGGCAGAAGUCCAGUGAGUCGCUGGCCUCUCCUCCUCCUCCACCUCCUCCUCCUCCUCCUCUCGGGGAGUCUCCACAUUGCUCCAGCGGGUUUAUUGUGAAUCGCUUGUUUCCACGGAGCCGCUCGCCGCCAUGGCCGGAGCGGGGCUCGGGAUAGGAGUGGGUAGCUAAGUCGGGAAUAUGUGUUUCAAUGGGACCGCAACAAGCAGAACGUGAGGAUUCUCUAACCCUUGCCCCCAAGUCCCAACCGUCUGAGAGGGUGUCGGACCUCACUGAGGAAAUCCUGGGCCGUUGGCACUAAAAUGUCCCUAAGUGGUGGCACUGCAGGCGGGAAAGGUGUGGACUCUAAUGCGGUGGACACUUACGACAGCGGGGAUGAGUGGGAUAUAGGUGUUGGAAAUCUGAUUAUUGACCUUGACGCUGACUUAGAGAAAGACAAACUCGAGAUGUCUGGUACCAAGGACGGAAUGACGGCGCCACCCAGUGCCGUGGCAGCGUUGCCUGACAACAUCAGGUUUGUUAGCCCAGUGUCUGGCUCUCAAGGCAAGGAGAGCAAAUCCAAAUACAAGCGCAGCAAGAACUCUAAAGACAAUAGUAACAAAGCUUCUGCCGGAGAGGGGGGUAAAAAAGAAACGGCCGGACGGACUCAGGGGGAGCCGGCAGGUACAGCAGCGAUCGCAGGAGCUGCUGGCGGUAAUUCCACCUCUGGGAGGAACAUGGAAAAAGGGGGCAAAGCCUCCCGAGGGGUUCUAGGUGGUAAAAAGGAGAAGGAAGGGGCUGGUGGGAAAAGUAAGAAGGACAAAACAGAUGGAGCACCAGUCGUAGCAAUUGCUGCUGCAGAGAAGGAUGUCGUGUCUCAAGCCCAAGUCGCUUUGGGGAAUAGUCGUAAUACGUCCUUUGAGAACACACAAUCAACAGACUUGGCUGAGGCCAAUCAAAUGGGGAAUAUUGCACUUGAACCAGUUGGGAUAGUACCAGCAUUGACCGCGAAAACUGAACCGGAGGAGGUGGAGAAUGGUAAUGGUGAAUGCAAGACGUUAAAGAAGGUGAAAAAUGAAAAGAUGGAAUCUCCUGUCUCCACGCCAGCCCCUCCCCCCCUCCACCUCCUGGCCGCAGUAGGCAACAGUGAGAUUUCCUCGCCGUGUGAGCAGAUAAUGGUGCGAACACGCUCAGUGGCGGUGAACACAUCCGAUGUGGCCCUGGCUACCGAACCCGAGUGCCUGGGGCCCUGCGAGCCCGGUACCAGUGUCAAUCUCGAAGGCAUUGUGUGGCAGGAAACUGAGGACGGCAUGCUGGUGGUCAAUGUUACCUGGAGAAACAAGACGUACGUGGGAACCCUUUUGGACUGCACUCGCCAUGACUGGGCUCCCCCCAGGUUUUGUGAAUCCCCGACAAGUGAUCUGGAGAUGAGGAAUGGCCGCGGUCGAGGCAAGCGCAUGAGACCGAAUAGCAACACCCCUAUCAACGAGAACAGCAAUUCAUCAGACAACAAGGGCACCACCAACAACAAGACACGUGCUGCCGCCAACAGCAAGGGCCGGAGGGGCAGCCAGACGCCGUCGGAGCGCCGCACGCCACCCAACAGUAACACGGAGGACAUCAAGGCGAGUCCCUCCUCAGCUGGAAAACGCAAGACCAAACCGGCCUCGGACAUGGAGCCCAAUUCCAGCUCAGAGGACACCAAAGGUAACAAACGGAUGCGGACAAACUCCAACAGCGGAGGGCUGGGACCAACAGGUCUGCCCAUCACUUCCAUUAAGACUGAGCCACUUCCACCUCCCCUCGAUCGCAGCUGCCCUUCUCCAGUUCUUAUUGAUUGUCCACAUCCUAACUGCAACAAGAAGUACAAGCACAUCAAUGGUCUCAAGUACCACCAAGCCCGUGCCCAUAACGAUGAUGACAUCAAGUUGGAGAUAGAUGCAGACAGUGAAUAUGGAGAGGAUUCAACUCUCCACCCGGAACCAGGGAACUGUAAUGGAGCAUCUAUCUCUCAGAAAGGAUCCUUGUCUCCAGCCCGUUCGGUUACUCCGAAAGGCAGGAACUUUGAAGCUCAGAGUCCUUCCCCGUCUCCUGGCAAGUUUGGUUCAAAGCAGAGUAAAAAGAAAAUGGCAGAGACAGAUCCAGACACAGCAGGUACACCGAUGGAGGGGUGUGAGGAUGGGGCAUGUCUCACCGAUGAGGCCAGUAAUGAUGGUAUAGAUGAUAAGAGAGGAUCGGAAAAGUCCAAAAAGGGUAGCGCCAGCCUCAAAGCCGAUAAAAUGGCCCAGAAAAAUAUGAAAUCGCCGAGGCCCAUCGGCCCCGCGACUACAGCACCCCAGCAGAUGUACGCUUAUCCUCCUGGAAACCCAAGUUCUUCCCCGGGGCUUACCCCAAUGAUACAAGGUGUUCCCAAGAGUCCUCAAAUGAAAGGGACUCAGCCUAAACCCCCUGCCAUUGUAGAUUCUGCCUCCAGUAGCUCCAAAGACAAGAAGAAGAAAGACAAGAAGAAAAAGGAUGGUGCGAAGGAAGCUGACAGCCCCAAGCCUCCGGGAAAGGGUGGAAAACUAGAGGAAGGUAAGCUUCCAUAUGCUGAGCCUUGUGAUCAAGGUAUUAAGGGGGAAGGACUCCUCAAUGGUUCCUCAGAUCCUCAUCAGAGUCGCUUGGCCAGUAUGAAGGCUGAGGCUGACAAGAUUUACAGCUUUUCAGACAAUGCCCCUAGCCCAUCUAUUGGUGUAGCCAGUCGGAUAGAUGGUAGUGGGAUGCCGCAGCCUCUCACGCCACUUCAUGGCGCAAACCAAAAUGGUGCUGACAAUUCUUCCGUCAAAACUAAUAGCCCGGCUUAUUCUGACAUUUCAGAUGCUGGGGAGGACGGUGAAGGGAAGCUAGAAGGCGGUGUCAAAGUGAGGACGGAGGAACAAGCCAUCAGGGAUAGUGUGAAAAAAGCACUUUUCUCCAAUCCGCCACCCAACAAAGAAUCCCCCUACUACGCCGGCUAUGAUGCAUAUUACUCCCCCAAUUACGUCAACCCCAGUGCCAGCGGGUCCAAUCCAGGCACGCCAGGGGCUGAAGGUCAGAUAAAGAUCAAAAGAGAAGAAGACCUGGACCACAUUGAGGAAAAAGUCAAGGUUGAGGUUCAUGAAGAUCGCAAACCUGACAUUGGUGUUCCUGGUCAGCUACAGCAGCAACAACAACAGCAACAACAACAACUGCAGCAGCAACAACAACAGCAGCAGCAGCAGCAGCAACAACAACAACAACAACAGCAGCAUCAGCAACAACAGCAGCAGCAACAACAGCAACAGCAGCAACCGUCAGUCAUUCAACAGCGAUCCAACAUGUACAUGCAACCUCUUUACUACAACCAGUAUGCGUACGUCCCCCCAUACGCAUACCAUCCCGAUCAGGCCUACCACAACCACUUGAUGAACACCAACCCAGCCUACCGGCAACAGUACGAGGAACGGCAGAGACAGAUGGCUGAACAGCAUCGUGCUUCUGAGAAGAAGUCAGAUGUGGCCAUAAAAGAGCGGGAGGCCUCCAUGAAGGAGGAGUGGAAACAGAAGAGCCCCAUGCCCCCAAGCCUCUCCAAAGCCCCAAGUCAGUCAGACCUGGGAAAGACGCCGCAACCCCCGGGAAAAUUAAGGGAUUCGCCCUCUGAGCUCUCCUCCAAAUCCAGUGGAAGCAUAAAGGUGGAGGACGGAAAGUCCCAGCAAGCUGAGGGGCUGAAGAUGAAGCUGACUGAAGGGGGUCACCAUGGAAAGGAAGACUCCAAGCAAGCACUCGAGUCCAGAGGCCAGGCAGGGAUGGAGCAGGGCGUAUGGUACAGACAGCAAUUCCCCGAGGGCCAGAAGCCACAAGCAGAAGACGAACACCAGCAACCUCGAUGGAAAGACGAAAGGGACCGAGAACGGGAACGGGAUCGUAAAUUAAAGGACGACAGGCCUCGGGCCAAGGACAGUCAAAGUGCGCCCAAGGAGGACAGCAAAGAAAGUAGUGAUCCCAGAAUCUCUUCUGAGGACCACCGGGCUCUGAGCAAAGACUCUCGUUCUAAUCCCCACAUGCAGUUUUCAUCACCACUAGCGCAACACCAAGGAUACAUGCCCUACAUGCAUGGUUAUCCCUAUGGACAAGGCUAUGACCCCAACCACCCUGGAUACCGGGGCAUGCCCUCAGUUAUGAUGCAGAAUUACCCAGGCUCGUAUCUACCCGGAGGUUAUCCCUUUUCUCCAUAUGGAGGUAAAAUGAGCGGCGGCGAGGAGGGCGGCGACAAGUCUCGCGCCAGCCCGACCGUCACCAAAACGGCAACAGACUCCAAAGCCCUGGAUAUCCUGCAUCAGCACGCCAGCCAAUACAAGAGCAAAUCCCCCACGGUAGGCGACAAGCCGCCCCACGACCGGGAGCGGGAGCAGGACCGAGGAGCGUCCGGAGACCGGGAACGGGAGCGGGAGAGGGAGCGGGAAAGAGACGUGGACCGGCCGCGCUCCUCGCCCUCCCAGCGCAUCAUGCCCUCGCACCACCACCUGGGAUACCCUCUGCUCUCAGGGCAAUACGACCUGUCCUAUGCCACAGGGAAACCCGACCGUCACACCUCAACCCUGCAAAGAUUCAUGUGACUGGCUCACAUGAGAAGACGAUCUCCUGGGUGUUACCUUUAGACAUCAGUUGAAUGGUGUUUCUAUCUAUAUUUUUAUUUUCUUCUGCUGAAAAAGGACAGGCAGAUGAUUUUUUUUUUCUCUUUUCUCUCUCUCUCUCUCUGUCUCUCUCUCUCCUCCCCCGUCGUAAAUGACCCUUGAAUUCUCUCUAAACCUCGGACUGUAACAGGACUGAUCUUAACCCAGGUUCAAAGCCAUGGCUCUGCCCCACCACGCAGAGGAAACACCAACCCGCUGAUUACCUAGUCUUUGCACUGUCAACACAUACAAUGCAAGAAGAGACUAUUGGACUGCCAGAACAGCUUUUGUUGUUGUUAUUGUUGUUUUUUUUUUUUUUCCUUUUUGACUGCAUUGUUCUUUUGUCGCACGCAGAAAGAAAGUGGCAGUGAUUCUGGGGGGAGUUGGGUGGCUGAAGGGGGGAAAAAAGAGGAGUCAAACUAAAUUAAAGACUGAAUCAUACUAAAAAUGAUUUCAACUCAUUGUCUCUCUCUCAUGAACGCCGUGAAACAAACCGUAUAUCCGUGACUUGACAAAUGUUUGGUUAUAUUUUGUGGGGGAAUAUGGCAACCGCUGCUUCCUUCAGAGACUUUAGAGCCUGAGACUGAAGUUUAUCAUUUCCCCAACCGUCAUUGUUAAUUCCCACCUUCUUUGAACCCCCGUUCAUGUUUCAGGGAUGAUGUCGUCAUGUUUUUGCGAAGGGACCGCACACACCUCAAUGGAGAAUAAACACUACUCAUGUUUUA